UGUGCGGCCUCCACCUCGACUCGUUCCCUUUCCUUCAUUCUUCCCCUCGUCUCCCCAACCAGAAACCUAAACAGAAUCCCAACCCACCUCCACAGCCAAUCCCACCGGACGCCACCCAGCCAGCCAGAUUCCUCCCGGAUCAGCCAAAUCUCGACUCCUCCGCCGCCUGAAUCCGGUUCCGAGUCCAUAUUUGAGGUGCCACCAUGUUCAACAGGUUAUUUGGGAAGCCCAAGGAGCAGGCUAAUGCCGGCGCGCUGGCCACUUUGGACAAGUUAAACGAGACUCUUGAUAUGCUGGAGAAGAAAGAGAAAGUGUUAGAGAAAAAAGCAGGUGCUGAGCUUGAGAGGGCCAAGGAGUUCUCAAAAGCAAAGAAUAAAAGAGCGGCUAUCCAAUCAUUGAAGAGGAAAAAACUUUAUGAGCAGCAAAUUGAGCAGCUUGGGAAUUUCCAGUUGAGGAUCCAUGAUCAGAUGAUCAUGUUAGAAGCUGCUAAAGCUACGACAGAGACUGUGGAUGCAUUGAGGACUGGAGCUAAAGCUAUGAAAGCGAUGCAAAAAGCAACAAAUAUUGAUGAUGUCGACAAGACUAUGGACGAAAUUAAUGAACAGACAGAAAACAUGAAACAAAUACAAGAUGCUCUGUCAGCUCCUCUUGGAGCUUCUGCUGAUUUUGACGAGGAUGAACUGGAAGCUGAGCUGGAAGAGUUGGAGGGAGCAGAGUUGGAAUCCCAACUACUGGAGCCUGUUGUAACUAUUCCUAUUCAUACGGCGCCUGUCCCAGGCAAGGCGCAACCAACUCGCCCUGCUCCACAGAAAGCCUCGGCUGAGGAGGAUGAGCUUGCUGCACUGCAAGCUGAAAUGGCAUUGUGAUCAGGACUUGCAGUUUCUGGGAGGAACAACAUACAAGAAGGUUAGCUUCUUGACUCAUGCAUGUACUAAGCGAGCUGUGGCUGCUGGAGCCACUGCAUGGACAGCUACCCGGGAGCCAGGAUCAGUGGGGUGGUGCUAUCACUGAUAGGAUCACCAGAUCAUGUCUGUCAGCAUGCUAUAUCGGGAAACUCCUGAAGAUAGAACUGAUUGUGCAAAUUAUGUCCAGUUUAGGGAGCUGAGAAUGUAAUUUCAAUAGCCAACUAAUACUACUGUACAAAUUCUUGAGCCCCCGAAAACAUUGUGUCACCCAGGUUGUGUGUUGCCUCUUUGUGCUUCAAACCGUGUGUUGAAAUCGACAUUGAUAGUAUUUUUCUGGAAUGAACUUGCUACUGUUAUCAGAUUGUACAGAAUUUGUUUGAUUCUGUUCAAGACGGAUGAUGUUGGAAGAAUUUUAUUUGUUA